AUGUUCGCCCAGAUUCUUGCCAUUGCUCUGGCUUUGCCAUUCGUUUCCGCACUUACCCUUGUGGCCCCCACGGGUGCUACGACCGGCGGAUCUGUCACGUUGACCUGGCAGGCGACCUCCACAGACCCUGCGUACUUCACUUUCCAACUGGUCAACCCUGUCUUCCACGACACAUUUGCCAUCGCAAACAACGUUCAGACUUCUCUGGGCACACUUACGCUCCAGCUUCCUCAAGUCCCUGUUGACACCAACUACCAGCUCGAGGCCAUUAAUCCAAGCAACGUGAACGACGUGUACGCUACCAGCUCGACGUUCAGUAUCGGAGCUGCGACCUCUUCCUCGAAUACGGCAACUGGCACGACUACCUCUGGUACUGCGACUUCGACUUCUCCCACAACCGCUUCUGGCACCGUCGCAUCUGUUAGCACGGCCACUACAGCUGCUUCCACCGGAGCUACCACGACCGCAUCCUCCACGACAUCGCCUACCAGCUUCAACGGCGUUCCCUACAAGUUCGACUUCGCUGCAGCUCCCGUUGCCGUUGUUGUUCUUUCUGCCGUUGCCGGUGCUGUUAUGCUUUUCUAA